AUAGUUUGAUUGAUACAUUCAUGCAUUUCAUGAUCAAUCAAUUCUACGCAAAAAUACUAGCAUUCAUUCAUAAACUAGUACAAUUCAAAAGUAGAUAAUUGUUUUCAGUUUUAUCGACAAGUUCGACAACAGAAAAGCGUAAAUGAGCUAUAUAUGCCCGAUAACAAAAUAAAUAUGACGAAAACCUUCCAUUCGCCUUUUGACUUUAACCUUGAUAAAAACAUUCACCUGUACAAAUUCCAAAUAGCAAAUGAUUUAGUUGAUAGUUAAUACUGUCUGGAUAUACGCGAUUAUCUCUUUGGCGAAUAAUAAUUAGAUAAACGUAGAUAAUAAUAUUUUAUACAUUCAUUAUUUGUGGUGUGCGUGAUGUGAUUGUAUUAUGUUGAGACAAACUACAUAAAUAUUAAAAGUAAAUAGGUAUCUAAUCUACCGACUAAAGUAUACGUAAAUAAGAAAGUUAUUGUUUUUGCGGGGUUAAUAAAAUAAGCUCUAGUAGGUAUUAUUGAACAAAAACAAAUACAAUGUGCAAAAGAGAAACUUAAAAAUAAAAGUGUAAAUUAAUUAAUUCAGCAAAUUUUAAAAUAUUACACUACUUUAUGUACUUCAGUCUAAGAUAAGAAACGGAUGCUAAAAUGAAAGCAAAAUUAACUAAAGAGUGGUUUUUAAAUACAAAAUGGGGAAAAAUUGCGAUAAUCAGCUGGGGAGACAGGUACAAGCCAGGAGUUCUCCUGGUACACGGCUACAUGGACUCGGCGGCCACCUUCGAACCUUUGGUGUCUCUACUGCCGGACACGUAUCACUAUGUCAGCUUCGACUUUCCUGGGCACGGCAAAUCGGAUCACGUCGCCACCAGUCUGCUAGUCCAGCAAGCCUUCGUCGUGGAAACCAUUAAGGAUAUAGUUAACCAUUUGCAGUGGAGGAGCUUCAUGUGUGUGGCACAUUCCAUGGGAUGUUUAAUUGCAUCUUUGUAUCACCAUCUUUACCCCGGUAAAAUCAAGAGGAUCAUCAAAAUAGAUCCUCUGCUAGCGUUGACAGCAUAUUAUUAUCUGAACGAAGCCCACGCGUUCUGGUUUAAGUGGUGUCAUGAAUAUUAUUACGACCAUUAUCAUUUGUACAACGGGGCACCCCCAAGGUUGUUCUCGCGCGAUCAGCUCAUAGAAUCCACGAUGAGCACUCGCAACUUGACUCGGCAGCAGGCCGAGACAGUGCUGUCGCGGUCCAUGGUGGCAGCUGAGAACGGACUCGUCAGAACAUCAACCCAACCCAUCAUGCGUCGGAUGCUCAACAUCCCGGCUUUCAAAGACUCCCUCGUCUACAUUCUUCAACACAGGCCUCCGCCCACCCUCAACAUUCACGGGACCAAGACCAAAAUACCCAAGGAAGAGAGGGAAUAUGUCCAAAAACACUUCGUAUUCGAUAGUCCUACAGUAUUUAAUGUGUAUAUAGAUGCGUAUCACGAUUUGCACGUGACACAUCCUGGAGAAUUGGUGCCUCACAUAGUCGAGUUUAUGGACAGAAAGCAUUUUAGAGCGAAAUUAUGAUGAUAUUUGAUGAUAGAAUAGAAUAGAUAGAUUUAUUUUCAAAAUUGGACACAAGGUAUCACUUAUUGAAGUCACAUCACUUAAAUCUUAUUAUAACUACUACCGCUUCCAAAGCGCAUGUGUAGAAGAGGCGGAGCAAACUACACUGCAGCAUUUUCAUUGACCAUCACUGCCGAUGAAGCUGUACUUUGCAACGUAAUGCUAUAGUAACACGUUUCACAGCGCUCUGCUGGUCAAGUACGCGUAUGACCAGCGAUGAAACCAGCCGUAUACAUGUCAUGUUACAGGGUUGACACAGACAAUAUCCUAUCUACCAACCUUCCAGUUAUACAAGCUGAAUCAAACGAGGGGUGCACUGCUCUUGCAUUUACUUGAUAGAGCCAAUUCA